AUGGAGAUUCGAACUUCCCUGAAAAAUCUAGACCCACUCCCUCAAAAUUCUUUUGCACAGAAGCGAGCUCAAAACCCAGCGAUGCUAGGCUGGGGCCCCGUGUGCAGGUGCCUCUGGGGAGGCCGACCCGGAGAAAAGCGCACGGGCCACCUGCCCUCGACGGCCCCGCCCCGGGGAUGCCGAGCUGCCCUUUCAGCUCACCGCGGCGGCGGCCGCCCAGCCCUGCCCUGCCCUGCCCUCCCUACGCCGCGUCGACCCACAGGCCGCCGCAGCUCGGCUUCACCUCCGCUGGCCGCCGAGGCCGCUGCCGCUGCCGCAGCCCGGGCCCGCCUUCGAAAGCCGGCGGGAGCCAGGAGAGCUGCGGAGGUGGACCGGCGCCACCCCGCACUUGCGUCUCCUCCUCCCGCCUCCUCCCUCUCCCCUCCCUGUCCUCGCUGGCGGCGUCUGCGGCGCCGGGCGCUCCGCCGACUCAGCCGCUCUCGCCCAGGCCCGCCCUUUCCGCCGCACGGAGUUUAUAUAGGCGCGCCCCGCCCCCAUCCUCCCGCACGCGCAGCCUCGGGCCGCCCCGGCACCGCCCCCUUCCGGGGCCCCUGCCCCGCCGCCGCGGGUCGCGGGCCCCGGAGGGCGUUUGUUCCAGGCCGGGCUGCGGCGGGAAGUCGGUCGCGAGAGGGCGCGUUCUCCCCGCGAUUGCGCAGAUUGCAGGGUACCAGGUGGGCCCGGUGUGUCGCCGAGAGCCAACCGGCGGUAGACCCAGCAGCCCUGCCUAACCUUGCUGAUUGCAUGCGGUACCCAGAGGAUGUGCGACCUUGAACAGCAAGAACAGAAGCAGAGGAGAGGCAGAGAGAGAGGGAGAUGGAGAAUUUGAAGCCAGCUCUGCCAACAGCAGAGAGUCGAAUGCGGGGCUCAAACCCAUGAACCAUGAGAUUAUGACCUGAGCUGAAGUCAGAUGUUUAACCAACUGAGCCACCCAGGUACCCCCAAAUAAUCUUUUU